AGCUUAAUAAAGAAGCCAAAAAUCAAUCCUUCGAAGAGAAUUUGACACCUGUCACCUGUCACAAUGCCUAGCACCCCCUAAACUCCAAUCAUGGCAAACGGCACAACUCGCCGCAUCCUCGUUGAAACGAAGAACCUCUCCAAAGACCCGCCUCCUGGCAUUAGUGCUAUCCCGGACGAUGAAAACUGCCGUUACUUCCACAUCGUGAUGGCCGGUCCUCAGGGAUCCCCCUACGAAGGCGGUCUCUUCCGACUCGAGCUGUUCCUCCCCGAAAACUACCCCCUAACGCCUCCAAACGUGCGCUUCUUGACCAAAAUCUAUCAUCCGAAUAUUGACAAAUUGGGGAGGAUUUGUCUGGAUAUUUUGAAAGAGCAGUGGUCGCCGGCUUUGCAAAUUCGCACCGUUUUGCUCUCGAUUCAAGCCUUGCUGAGUAGUCCGAAUCCAGACGACCCUUUGGCCAACGAUGUGGCUUACACUUGGAAAACAAGGACCAGUGAAGCCAUCAUCAGGGCCAAGGACUGGACCAGGAUUUACGCCAUGGAGUGAUUUAUUAAUUAAAAUACUAUUUUUUGUUCUUUGUGUUUACAGUGGCGGCCGUAAGAGGUUUUUGAUAUUGUUUUUAGCACAAAAGGUAAAUACAAGCAGAUGGUUCAUGUAAUAUUA